AUGCAACCAGGCACCGAGCCCUCGCCUUUGCCAUCGUCCGGUACGAUGCACGGCACGGAUUCACCGCACGCAGAGCGCCGUCGCCAUCCUCGCCGUAGACGCGAUUUCGGCCAGCAGAAACAGACACCUGCUCAACCAUAUAAGACAGGGAAGGAUCGUCAGGCGCAGGACGCUGACAAUUCGGAAGAGAUUGGCAGGGCAGAAGCUGCCAAUGGAGCAGAGGAGAGCAAUGGGACCGAAGACCCAGAAGCCGUCGCCCUUUACGAUUGCUCAAUCUGCACAGGGGAGUUUCUCAUGAAAGACGGUAUAGUCUCAUGCGCAGAGCAUUUCAUCUGCAAUGACUGCGUCGUCCAGACAUUCACGCUUGCAGCGGAGAAUCCAGUCUCCGGCAUCUUCCCGGUCAAGUGCUGUAUGAAAGCCUCCGGUAGCCGUCGCGGCCCGAUCAUUCUUCGGCGUCGCUUGGUACAGCAACUCCUGCCACAUGAAGUCAAUGAGACCUACGGCCGAAAGGAGCAAGAGUAUUACACGCCGCCUGCUCUGAAGCUAUACUGCGUGGACUAUCGAGCUUGGCUUCCACCGAAAACUUUUCAGGAUAAGGGGCAGUAUAGCCUAGCCACCUGCGCAUGCGGAACGACCAUGUGCGUGGGAUGCAAAGGCGCAUGGCAAGAGCACCACCGCUGCACCGAUCCGAACGACCCCGACGCGAAGCCCGACUGGCUACCGCCGUACUCCGACGACUGCCGCAUCAAGAAGUGCCCUGGAUGCCGCAUGUACAUCGAGCAUGAGUCAGCGUGCAACCAUAUGACGUGCCAAUUCUGCCGUUAUGAAUGGUGCUUCAUUUGCUUGCUGCCCUGGGAGGACUUCCACGCUGCUGACGGUUGCCCCGUAUAUAGAGAUCCUGAAGAUGGGUAUGACGAUGAGGGGUACGAGAACACCGAGCGAGGGCUCCAUCGCGAUACGGGUCUCAACCGAGAAGGUCUGAACCGGAAAGGUGAAGAGCCCCUCGCCGCGCAGGAUAGCAAUAUUGGUCCUAAUCAUUGGGACUACGACAGCGACCGGGACUCGAAUGAUGGCGACGACUAUGCCGACCAUCACGAACACCAGGGUGAGCUGUACGGCUGGGGCGAACACCAGGGUGAGCUUUACGGCUGGGGCACCAUCUAUCAGCCGGAACCCAUUGUCCACAUCGAUCCAGAAGAGGAAGCGGAACGCGAGUAUCGCGACCAACUGGAUACCACAUUCCCUCUCGCUGAGCAUUCAUUCGACUCCCUGACGACCGCGCGCAUCGACUGCGGACAUACGUGGAGCUACCGCAACACCGGUGACUCAUGCUCAGUCUGCGACUACACGAUGCCGUACUUCCACUUCAGGUGUUCCACCUGCGGGGUCAUCGCGUGCGACUUCUGUAGAAGUGACUGGACGCGACGCCUGGAGUUCCACGUUCCGCACGCCUCCAACAUGGUCGCUGUGCUCGAGUGGGCGGAGAAGGGCGAGGUGCCGUUCAAGACGCAUAAGAAAGCUUUCUGGCGCGCCAUGCACGAGGCCGAUGCAGUACCGGUGUGGAGCAUCUCUCUGAUGUUCCAGCAGUAUGAGAAGUCGCUGUUUGAACUACAGCCAUUCUUAUAUUUCGACUUCGGGAUCAAGGAGAUGAUCGACGCUCUAGAGCAGGAGAUGGAGAGGGAUGAAUUGUACAUCGCGGAGGAAGACGUUGGCUUCGCGGGGAAUGCGAUGACUUUCCGCUUGGAUACGAACCCCUUCGCGCCCUUGUUGUGGUAA